UGCAACUCGUCAACGCGAAGAGUCGCUGGGGUCGCUGGCAUCAAACUGACGCUUACUUCUUUUCUGCCUUCAGCAAAGUUUCCUGACUAGCUCGCAGCAUGUCUGACGUGGAGAAUGAUGAUGUGCCAUCCGCGAUGGCAUCGGGUGGCAGCAUGGAUGUUAACACGGCAUUGCAGGAAGUUCUGAAAAACUCCCUCAUUCACGAUGGUGUCGUGCACGGUCUCCAUGAAGCCGCAAAGGCUUUGGACAAAAGACAAGCCAUGCUUUGCAUCUUAGCAGACAAUUGUGACGAGCCGAUGUAUAAGAAACUGGUUCAAGCGUUAUGCAAUGAGCAUCAAAUUCCAUUGAUCAAGGUAGACAAUAACAAAAAGUUAGGUGAAUGGGCAGGAUUAUGCAAAAUUGAUAGUGCGGGAAAAGCACGCAAGGUGGUAGGCUGCUCGUGUGUCGUUAUAAAGGAUUUUGGUGAGGAUACGCCAGCCAAGGACGUCCUAAUGGAAUACCUCAAACAAAGUGCUGUACAUUAAAACUCUUUUAAUAAAAUAUUUGACACAAAUUUA